AUUCACUGGGGCAACCGUUGCGGGGCGCCAAGGCCCUGACGUGGGACGGUAGGCCUCUGACAUCCCCUCCUUUCGGCCCUGAGGUACCCGGCCUGGUGGCCCCAGGACGUUCCCGUCGGAUGGCGGAGUGCUGUGAACGACGCCCAUGAAGCUGGUGGUCCUAGUUGCGCUGUGGCUAUGGCCUUCGUCACUGCUGGCGUAUCCAACCAUAACUGUGUUGCCCGAUGAAGAGCAGAAUUUGAAUCAUUAUGUACACAUUUUACAGAACCUCAUAAUGAGUGUCCCCACCAAGGAGCAGGAUCUCGGGAAAAAGUUGAGUUCCUCAAGAACUGUGGAUGGCACAGAGCCAAGGUCAUUGGCAUCCAAGGUGCUACUCACCCCUGGGUUAGUCUCCGCUCAAGAUGUCACCCCUGAGAGCGAUGUUCUGAUCAGACCCGUCGAUGAAACGACAAAUUCCCGUACUAGCGGCUUCACGCUGAGGAGAAGAAGAACCCAAAGUACAGCAUUCUGGUCCAUCCGGCCAAACAAUAUUUCUGUUGUUUUACACACGGAGGAACCAUUUAUUGAAAAAGAACCGGAGCCGGAACCGGAACUGGAGUCUAGUCCGCUGCCGACUGAGCCUGAGCUGGAGCCGGAGCCGGAGCCGGAGCCCGAGGCUGAAUCCCGGCAAAUGUCAGAGCCCGAGGAAGAGUUAGUGACCAGCACAACGCCAAACAAGGAGCUAACGGGGACCUCACGGAUAUCAUCCAUGGCCACCCAGCCAGCUAACACCCAAGCAUCUCCUAUUACUGUAACAGUAAAGACCACCAGCACCAUGGAUGUCUCCACAGACUCUGAGGAUGUACCCCAGCUCUCAGGCCAGUCAGAAAUCCCGAGUACUGAAGAAGUACCUGGACGUCACUCACUGAAUACGAGACAUGAGGAUAUUUUGAGAAAAAUUUCCAAUAUUAAUGCGGAGAUUCAGCAGGGGCUUCUUGGUGGCAAUAGUAGUCCCGAGUUCAAGGAGUUCAUCAAGGCCUCCAGGGAGCACCUGAAACGGAGCCUGGCCCUGGCCGCAGCCGCCGAGCACAAGUUGGAACAGAUGUACGGAUCUAACGUCUUCCCAGAGGGACGUACCAGCGACCCAGACGAUGACAUGGAAAUGAUUAUCAAUAUGCUGUACAAUUCCAGGUCCAAGUUGUCAGAUUAUUUCAAUAUUAAGCAUGUACCAUCAGAGCUGAGAGAAAAAGCUUCCGUCGUGAAUGCUGAGUUGAGAAAAAUAUUAUGUGUGGAUCAGGUAGAAAUGCAAAGCCUCAUUAAGAAGCUGUUAAGCAAUAAUAUGAAAAUCCUAAAUAUUCUUAAUGUCCCAUGACCAAACUCAUGUAAGCAAAGGACUUGUUCACAGGAAAAUAAGCAUAGUGAUUUCAAAAGUUGCCUAAAAUAUUUUCUACUAUAUUUCCAUGUGCUAACAUCCUUAUGUGUCAUAUCAUAAAAUAUUUUCAUAUGCACUAAAAUCCUAACAAUUUUCAAAUAAAACUUUGCUUUGU